AGCCUUUCAUACCAGAAUCAUUCAAAGCACAGAUUAUACAGUAAGCUUGGUCAUGUGGAGUCGACUGUGGAGCGGGGUUUCGUUAGUUGUGUUAUACACAGAACGUGGAGUUUUAAAUAUUUGUAAUUCAAGAAUUAAAGCUUUAUCUGUGAAUGUAAAGUGCGGGGCUAAGUUUUCUAAAACCAAUGCAAAAAAUAUAUACAUGUGUGGAGCUCCAGAGAACGGGAGGGUGGUUAUUUCAAAACUAAGGUAUUACUGUGCCAGUAAGAUGGUAGGAGAAAGAGAAAACCACAGUGAAACCAUUUUAAAAAUAGGAACACACAAUGGAGUUUUCCACUGUGAUGAAAUAUUAGCGUGCUACAUGCUGAAAAGAGUCCCACUGUAUCAGAAUGCAGAAAUUGUAAGAACACGGGAUCAGCAAACUCUAGAUACGUGUAACAUUGUUGUAGAUGUUGGAGGAGUAUAUGACCCAGUUCAUCAUCGUUAUGACCAUCAUCAGCGUGAUUUCAACGAGACAAUGAAUUCUCUCAACCCUGAUAAACCAUGGAAAACGAAAUUAAGCAGUGCUGGGCUGGUAUAUCACCAUUUUGGGGAUAAAAUAAUCAGAGCUAUUCUUGGAGAUGAAUAUGGUGAUGAUGCUGUCAGAAGUAUAUACAAUCAGGUGUAUGAAUACUUCAUACAAGAAAUUGAUGGAAUAGAUAAUGGUGUUCAAAUGUUUGAUGGUGAACCGAAAUACACAAUUACAACAGGCCUAAGUGCUAGAGUUCAGAACUUCAAUCCAGCAUGGAAUAGCGCAGGUCAGAAUGAAACUGAGAGCUUCUACAAGGCAUAUGAAUUGGUUGGCAGGGAAUUUGAAGAUAGAGUAAAAUUUGUGGCUACUAUAUGGUGGCCAGCCAGACAUCUCGUAAGACAAGCCAUGGAGAACAGAUAUAAAAUUCAUCCUUCAGGAGAGAUAAUUGAAUUUCCUGGUGGGAAAGCCAUUCCUUGGAAAGAGCAUUUGUUCCAGCUGGAAAAAGAGUUGAAUCCUGAACCCAAUGUGAAGUUUGUCCUGUUCAGUGACAGUAAUGGAAAUUGGCGAGUUCAAGCUGUACCUAGAGCUGCUAGAAGUUUCAUUUGCCGGCUGUUUCUUUUAGAAGAAUGGCAAGGGUUGCGAGAUGAGAAACUGUCAUCAGUAUCUGGAAUUGAUGGUUGUAUAUUUGUUCAUUCAACAGGUUUUAUAGGUGGUAAUAAGACACGAGAAGGUGCACUUGAAAUGGCUAUUAAAUGUUUAAGAAAGAGAGAUGCUGAUUCUGUAAAUGUGCACUAAAUUGUAAUGAAUUUUGUGAAUCUCAUGACAAAAAAUAAAUAUAUGAAAAUGUU